AUGAAGAGAAAGCAGACGGUCACGUGCCUCUUGUUUCCGCCGCGGCCGAGCCGGGGGUACUCGCAUCUUCCCCGUCGGCGGCGCCAUGGCGGACGACGACGAUGACUCGGACGAGAAGUCGUCCAUGUCCUCCUCCAUGUCCACGGCUGGUGGCGGCAAAGGCAAGGCUGGCGGCGGGGGCUCGGGCUUCGGACUCUGCCUGUGCCUUGUGGGCGUGCUCGGCAUAUGCGGGGCGUUAGCGGUGGCCGCUUUCCUGCUGCUCGACGACGGCGGCGGCUCCAACAAGACGGCCAACGCGAGCGAGGCAUCAUCGGCAGCCGCCAGUAAGGCCUCGUCGCACGCUGCGUCGGCGGCUUCUGUGACCGCGGCCUCCGCGCCGCUGGUCGAGGAGGGGACCGAGGACGCGCCGCGGCUCGACGCCUACGGGCGCUUCGCCCAAGAGGAGGACAAGCCCCUGAAGGUGGCCGCCGUGGCCAGGCAGCGACAACAUCAAAAAUCGUCCAGGCGACGCUCCCGCGUCAGGUGGGCCAACGGGGCUGUAGCGAGGCAGUCUGGUCGGGACCAAGGGACCGAGAGGGCAUCGGAGACACGCGCCAAGCUUGCGGCAGCCACUCGACGCUCUACUCGACGCUUCACGAGGGACAUCAGCCUGGCCACCAACGGAGUCAGGUUGCACAGAAAUCGGCAGCACCCGGUCAACGCGCCAUCUGCCGGCGCAGCAGUGCACCGUAGCGCGAGCUUGAGGACCGACAGCGACAAGAGGCGCAGUGUGGCCAGCUCACACAAGGUGUCGGUGGCUUCCGCUGACAGUCAAAAGGAGGCGACGGUAACGAAACAUGCUGUUGCAAGGAAGAAUGCGACGCGAAGAGCCGGCACGGCAGAUGGUAAUGGGACCACAACAGACCGUCUAAACGAAAAGGCCGCUACGGCCAGCUCAGACAAGGUGGCAGUGGUUCUCGCUGGUAGUCGUGCGAAGGAAUUGGCAAGGACAAGUGCUCCUACAAGCGAGGACACGACGCGAAGUGCCAGUGCGUCAGAUGCCAACAGAAGCACAACGGGCAGCUCGGAGGUUUCCCGUGCUAUCGUCAGAUCAGACGAGGUGUCGUCGAUUUCCUAUGGUAAUCGUGCUGACUCGUCGGCAAGCUCACGAGUUGCUACAGGUGAGGAUACGCCGCGAAACGCCGGCACGCCAGAUGCUAAUCGAAGCAUGAAAGGCAGCCCUAAGGCUUCCCAUGCUGUGGUCAGAUCAGACGAGGUGUCGUCGAUUAGUGCUGGCAGUCGUGUGAACGUACCGGAAAGGACACGGGUUGUUACAAGCGAGGAUACAACGCGAAACACCGGUGCGUCAGAUGCCAAACGAAGCAUAACGGGUAGUUCGAAUGCUUCCCGUGCUUUGAUCAGGUCAAACAAGGUGUUGUUGAUUACUCCUGGUGGCCACGCGAACUCAUCGGCAAGGACACUGGUUGCUACAAGCAGGCAUACGGCGCGUAAUGCCGGCACGCGAGAUGCUAACCGAAGCAUAACAGGCAGUUCCAAGGCUUCCCGCGUUGUGGCCAGAUCAGACGAGGUCUUGGCAAUUUCUGCUGCUAGUCGUGUGAAGGCGUCGUCAAAGACACGGAUUGUCACAAGCGAUAAAGUGAUAUGGAACGGCGACAAGGCAGCCGCCAAUAGACGCACGGCGGGCACUUCGAAGCUUUCCUCCGCUGUGGUGAAACCAGACGAGGUGUUGGUGAUUUCCUAUGAUAGCCGCCCGAACAAGCCGGCAAGGGCACGUGAGAAUGCGAAGCUUAGCGCCGGCACGGCAGAUACAAACCGAAGCGCGACCGGCGGUUUGAAAGAGAAAGCUUCUCAUGGGAGCUUUGGCGGGACGAGCAUUUCUGCGGCGAACGACAACGGAAGUGCCGUCAGGACCGAGAAUGAAUUCUCCCGAGGUGGCGCCCCAGCCAGCUUGAGUGUUCUCCACGCACAAUAGUGUUGCCUUUCAUGGUACGCGAGAUGACACUCGUGAAUAUUAAAGUGCCAUAUGCCGCUUCA